AUGAUGGGCUCCGCCGAGACGCGUCCGCUGCUGGACGAGUUCUCCCCGCUGGUCGAGCGCAAGCGCGCGAACAGCGCGUGGGGUACUCGCGCCAAGUAUGCGCUCGCCACUCUGGCGCUCGUCGGCGUCGCCGCCUUCGCCGGCGUCGCCAUGUUCCCCGGUGCGGCCAACAACAUCGGCCUCUCCACCCUCGGGGACAAGUCCGACUUCGUCGCCGCGGAGGCUCCGUCCAUGCACCACAGGUCCUCCGUGAAGCCCCACUCGAAACUCUACGUCCCUCGCGGUUCCGCGAGGCUCGGCGAGGAGGGUGAGGCCGCUCCCGCCGCUCCCACCAAGGCGAUUCCCCACACGGCGGAGGAUCCCAUCGAGAGCUCGGGGCUCGACGCCAAGAUCGCCCAGCUCGAGGCGGACAAGGCUGCUCUCGAGCAGUCCAACGCCGACCUCGCCGCGCAGAUUGCCACCCUCACCGCCGAUACCUCCGCCCAGGACCAACUCAAGAAGUGCCAGGAGGAUACGCACUCCGUCAUCGCCGAGAAGAAGACGGUCGAGGAUGAGCUCCAGAGGCUCGAGCAGGAGAUCUCCGACGAGCGCGAGGCUCACAUGAAGGUGGGCGGCUUCAACUGCGGCCGCAUCAUCCCCGGUGAGAACCGCGACGAGAAGCUCGCCGAGUGCGACGCGGAGAUGCGCCUCCAGCUCUACGAGCGCAAGAAGGCCAACCAGCGCAAGUACCAGAUGCGCCUCCAGAACGACGCCCUCCACGCCGAGAUCGAAGGUCUCGAGAAUAAGCUCCUCGAACUCGACGGCGAGGUUCGCCAGUGCAUCGCCGACUCCGCGGCCGCCGCCCAGACCGCCGCCGAGCAGCUCGCCGACGCUAACGCGAAAACCGAGGAGGUGCAGACCGCGAUGGGCAAGGUUGAGUACGAGCUCGAGCUCUGCAUGAACGGCAAGAAGGCUUGCGACACCAAGGUUCACGACAUGGAAGGCGAGCUCAAGGACAUGGAGGCUCGCGAGGACAAGUGCGAGGCGGACUUCGCGCAGGCUCGCAAGAUGUACCAGGACUCCCACGCGACCAAGGACGAGGCCACCAAGCAGCUCGAGAGCGACAUCUCCCGCCUGGAGCUCGACAUCACCAACGUCAAGGACAAGCGCGACUCCCUCGAGAAGGAGCUCAACGAGAAGUUCGUCGAGAUCAAGACCCUCGAGAAGACCGUGGCCGAUAACCAGGCUGCCGCCGAGGAGGCCAACAACGCCAAGUCCGCGUGCGAAGCUGAGAACGGCAUGAUCUCCGCCUCCAUCGAGCACCUCAAGAACGACGCGAAGCGCAUGGAGCAGACCCUCAACAUGACCCGCGACUCCAAGCUCGCCAUGGUCGACGAGGUGAUGCGCCUCAACCAGAAGAUGGAAGGCCUCGAGGGCGAGAUCCUCGAAGCCGACAACAAGCUCAAGACCGCCAUCAACGCGUCCGCCGCGGAGAAGGCGGAGCUCGUCGGCAAGGCCAUGGAGAAGGAUGAGCAGAUUGCCGCCAUCAAGACUGAGGUUGCCUCCCUCAAGGCGCAGGUCAACGUCUCCGCCGCCGCCGAGCUCGCCCUCCAGGCCAGGCUCGCCGACGCGCAGGACAAGGCUGCCGCCGCGCAGCUCGAUCUCGAGGCCCAGAUUUCCACCUGCCAGACUGACUUUGCCGCCGCUCGCGACGCCUUCCAGGCCAAGCACAUGUCCAACGAUGAGGCCUCCAAGCAGCUCAAGGAGCAGAUCACCCAGCUCGAGACUACGCUCGCCACGACCACCGAGUCCUGCAAGCAGGGCAAGGAGACGUGCAAGGCGGAGAUCGACCAGCUCCACGCGGACAUCAACGCCAAGUCUCAGGAGAUCCAGAACGCGCUCGCGACCGUGGAUGCCAAGUCCGCCGAGAUUGACGUCUGCUACGCCGCCACCGACAAGCUUCACACCGAGAACGCCGCGCUCAUCGGCUCCGUCGACACGUGCACCUCCGAUCUCGCCACCUCCAAGGAGGAGAAGGAUCUCUGCGAGGGCUCCAAGAACGGCCUCCUCGACAUGAACAAGAAGUGCGAGGCUUCCGUCGAGAAGUGCGAGGCUGACGGCGCCGCGGAGCGCGAGGUGCUCCUCAAGAAGCACGCCGACAAGGAUGAGGUGACCCAGCAGCUCAACACGGACCUCACCAGGGUCCAGGGCGAGGUUGCCAAGUGCCAGGACGCCAAGGCCACCCUCACCACGCAGGUUGACACCUGCGACGCCGACAUCAACGCCGCCAAGGACGAGACCAAGGCUGCCAAGGCAGAUUUCACCGAGCUCAAGAUGCAGCCCUGGUGCCAGCCCCCCAACCCGCCGGCGCCCGACGCUCCCGCGCCCCCGCCGCCCCAGAACCCCCCCGGCGCCAAGAAGUUCGCCGAGAAGCUUCCCAUCUCCGAGAAGAAGCUCAUCGCCGAGGGCGUCGCGUCCGCGAAGGCUGUCAAGAUCAUCGACGCCAUCAUGCUCGGAUCUGACAUCACCUCCGACAAGGUGCGACCCUUCGUCAACCUCGACAAGAAGUACUCCGACGCCUCCGUGUCCUACAUCUUCGCGCACUGCUACGCGGAUGAGAUCAACAUGAUCGCCGCGGAGGUUACCGUCGAAGGCGGCAAGGCCUACCUCACCGCGCAGGGCGAGGGCAUCCGCUCCUCCGCCAACUGCAGGGACGAGGACCUCGACGCCCGCGAAGUCACCGCGGCUUGGGCGAACCAGCUCAGCGAGGACGAGGCGUGGACCGAGUACGGUUACAUGCCCGGCGCCUCCCUCGGCGGCGUCAAGCUCGUCAACGCCGAUCGCAGGAUCGCCGACGAGGUCAAGGCCUUGAUGCCCGUGGACGCUCCCGCCGAGUUCGACGCUUCCGCCGAGCUCGACGAGGAGGAGAAGACCAACACGUUCCGUCAGCUCCUCGGCGGCUGCUCGCGCGUAAACUGCGGCUACCACUGGCAGGGUUGGAGCAGCUGCUCACCCAGCAACGGCGUGUGCGGCUGGGGAUCCCAGUCGAGGUGCCCCUCGGUCUACCGUAGAAAUUCCUGCGGCGGCAGCGGUUGCCCGGGCUGCCAGUCGCAGUCCUGCUUCUCCAGGACUUGCCCGCCUCCCCCCUCCCCGUCCCCCCCUCCUCCCUCCCCCUCUCCCCCUCCCCCGUCCCCUCCUCCCCCCUCGCCGCCGCCUCCCAAGGCGAAGCUCGGCCUGGGCACCAUCGAGUACGUCAUCGUCAACAACGUCGGCGGCCUCGAGAUGGGCGGCAAGGGCAAGCCCAUGUACACCCCCUCCGACGCCUUCCUCUCCAUCCCCGAGGUUGCGACGAUGAAGGUGGGCGACGCCGUCAUGAUGGCCAAGGCGUACAAGAACGGCCAGCCCACCGAGGAGGAGGCUCCCGUCAUCUUCGCCGCGUGCGACGGUGACUCGCUCAAGCUCGUCAGCGCCACCGUCACCGCCGCCCACGGCAGCUCCUUCAUCGCGCUCGGCGAGGCCAAGUCCUCACCCAAGAGCGGCUGCGACAACGCCGCCCUCACCGCGGGCGCCGUCAUGGACGCUUUCAAGGCUGGCGACGCCGCCGGCUCUGUCUCCAUCGGCCACGUGUACUUCACCCAGGCGGACGACGGCGACGAGGUUCCCACGGCGAACACCGCCGUCGUCCUCGGCGAGGCCUCCGCCCCCGUCGCGAUUGAGCUCAAGUCCGCCUGCUUCAUCGGCUCCUCCAUCGGCGUCGACGAAUCCGGCUGCAGGAUCGCCAAGGCUUUCCCCACCGACAAGGUUGGCGAGUUCAUCUUCGCCACCUGCAAGGACGAGCACAUGACCAUGGUGGUCGCCCAGGUUGGCAUGGGAGAUGUCCCCGCCGAGGAGCCCGAGGAGGAGACCGCCGUCGCCGAGGAGCCCGAGGAGGAGACCGCCGUCGCCGAGGAGCCCGAGGAGGAGACCGCCGUCGCCGAGGAGGAGGAGGCUCAGGAACCCCUGACUCCGUCUCAGUCCGCUCCCGCUCCCUCCACCAAGAAGAGCAAGAAGAAGAAGAGGAGGAAGAGAAGAAAGAGAAGAAAGAAGAAGAAGAGCAAGAAGAAGAAGGGAUGGUGGCCCUUCGGUGCCGAGGCCGAGGCCCAGGGCCAGGCUGGACGCUCCCUCCUCUUCGCGCCCGGUAUCCUCCCCGACAUCUCCUCGGCUCUCGAAAACGCCAACCUCCCCGUCUGGGUCACCGACAAGGCGCAGGCCGCCACCAUCACCGUCACCAAAGCCAUGACCGCCACGUGCACCGACGGCGCCAUGACCGCGGCGUCCGUGAAGGCCGCCGCCUCCCAAGCAUCUGGCAAGCCGUACGGCCCGGCGCUCAGCAUCGGCCGCGUCGCGUGGACCGACCACGACACCACGCAGACUGACGUCAUCGACGCGGUGAAGACAACCUUGACGGCGCCUCCCCCAAAGCCGUGCACCGGUCGCACCGUCACCGUCAAGCGCAUGGACCCCGCCGGCCUUGACGGCCAUGGCUGGGGCAUGAACCUUGAGUUCAUGUGCGGCGACUCCAAGGUGAGCAUCGGCAGCAGCCGCGGCUCCCAGACUCAGUCCACCGUCGUCAACAGCGAGAUGACCCAGGGCGACUGCGCUGCCCGCAUCGACAAGUCCAACUGGCUCGGCGGCUACGGCUACGGCGACUUCUUCGACGUCACCGUCGGCGAGUGCCCUCCUCCUCCCCCCCCGCCCGCCCCCGCCCCUGUCGGCGAGGAGUGCACCGGCCGCACCGUCACCGUCAAGCGCAUGGACGCCGGCGGCCUCGACGGCCACGGCUGGGGCAUGAACCUUGAGUUCAUGUGCGGCGACUCCAAGGUGAGCAUCGGCAACAGCCGCGGCUCCCAGACUCAGUCCACCGUCGUCAACACCCCCAUGUUCGCGAGCGACUGCGCUGCCCGCAUCGACAAGUCCAACUGGCUCGGCGGCUACGGCUACGGCGACUUCUUCGACGUCACCGUCGGCGAGUGCCCCAAGAAGUGCAAGCGCACCAUCAGCGCGACGCGCAGGGACGCCAACCACGGCUGGGGUAUGAACCUCAAGUUCAAGUGCGGCGACGCCGAGGUGGUCAUCGGCAACUCCGACCAGGCUGAGAAGACCGUCUUCUACGACAACGUCGCGACUGGCACUUGCCCCUCCCGCGUCGACAAGUCCAACUGGCUCGGCGGCGACACCUACGGCGACUACUUCGACGUCGUCAUGGGAGAGUGCAUCGACUCCGAGGCUCAGGCCCAGUGCCGCCGCGAGGUCACCGCCACCCGCGGCGACGCCGCCCACGGCUGGGGCAUGCCCCUCGAGUUUGAGUGCGGCGGCAAGGUUGUCCACAUCGGCAGCUCCGGCGGCCAGACCAAGUCCGCCACCACAACGUUCAAGCUCGACGGUGACGACUGCCCCUCCAGGGUGGACAAGUCCAACUGGCGCGGCGGCCACACCUACGGCGACUGGUUCUCCGUCAACGUCGGUCCCUGCGUAGGAGCCGCCCUCGGCGACGCCGUGGAGUACGACCACGAGGACAAGCCCAAGCUCGGGUCCAAGACCAAACUCGGCAAGAAGACCGAGGCCUCCGCCAACACCUGGAAGGUCUGGUAA